AUGUCCCACAACGAGCACGUGGUCGAUCAAGACCCACACGCAUCGUUUGUCCACGAUGCUAUAAGGUUGUUUGCUGCUGUCAAGAGCGGCAAUGUCACUAUUACGGCGCCAGAUGGCUUUGGCAAUGGCACAUCGUUCGAGGAUGGAGGUAAACCAAUCUCGUUUGCAAAUUUCUUGGAUCAGCAGGUGAGUGGUGAUCUGCAUGAAGAAACACGUUUCGUCGAUCCGCGCGAAUACAUAAAUGCGGCUGCCUAACGUCCUUCCAUCCCAUCGAUGAGGCAGAGAGUCAUACACGACGUUGCGGUAGCGUCCUUGACUCUGUAUGCGUGGGAAUUCUUCUGUACCAUUCCGCAAGAAUGGUCUCUCUAUCGACAUCGUAAGCUCCUGUCCCCUCAAGUUAUUCUCUUCGCCGCUGUGAGGUAUCUCGCCAUACCUGCACUGGUCUUGCCGGCAUACAGCGCUUUCAACGACUUCUCAAACGAUCUAAAAGGCUGUCUGCUGCAUCAGCAAUUGACCAUCGUGCCUGUACAAGCGGCCGUUGCUGCCAUCUUCAGCUGGCGGACCUGCGCAAUUUGGGGCUGGGCUCCCAAAAUCAAGUGGGGACUGCUGGCUCUAUUCUUGGCUCAGAUCGGCUCGAGCUUCGCUCUGCUCUGGUACAGCGGACAGAAGCUUUUGCCGACCGGUGCAUGCAUGCCCGUAGCCAAGCCCGGCAUUCCAAACACGCUGGCUUGGUUCUAUGUGACCGCCUUGAUCUUUGACGGCAUCACUGUUGGACUGUCACUUUGGAAGCUCCUUGAGCUCAGUCAGAGUGGUGGCCCCGAGGAGCAUACAGUACGCGCACGCGAUCUUUGUAGUCCCUGGAUCCUGGCAAAGAAGCUACGCAGCCAAUGGGCGACGAUGACACCAUUGCUUGGACGCCUGAUCACUAGCGGACUGAUCUACCUAUUCGUCGCAUCAGCUUUCAAUCUCAUCAACUUUGCCUUGGAGAUUUCGAAUUGGAUUCACGCCAAGGUCAGUCAUCGUUCGCAGUCUCGUUCUUGGCACGUGCGGAACUUACACCUCUAUGAUCUGUGUAGGCUCUCAUCCCGCUGUAUGCUCCACUCAUGGCAAUCUUAGGUCAGCGAACCGUGCUCGUCGAAGCGGAAGCUGUUUAUGGAAGUGGACGCGGCAGCACUGCGGAUCGCAAUCGCUCGCUGGUCGAGCGCGUGCUGCGAGAAGGGCGAAAGUCAUGGGAAGGGUCCUUCGUGAUCGAUCCAACGGCUGCUCUUACUCCUCAAUCUCCUCCUGUGAAUGGCAGCACAAGUCAAUCUCCCUCUCACAGCAGGCCCAGACACUUGACGCUGGACUUGGGCUCUACCUCGAACGCGUCCCCCGCGCAAGCCGAGUCAAGCGCACAUAGCGAAGGUGCUCAUCUUAGCCGGACCACCACACACGUGGGCAACAGCUCAGCCAGCGAAAAGGCCAGCUCUGGCAGCCUGACCUUUGCAGUGAUGCUAGAUACUCCUGUCACGGACGCAGACGCCAGAUCCAAGCGUACUCGUACCAAAGGUGGCAGCUUUUCAAAAUUGCGAGAUGCACUCCCGGGACAGAGAGGACGGAGCAGCUCCAAGGGCUCGUUGAGAGAGAGUCCUAGUCAAUCUGAGACCGAAGCCAGACGUGGAGCGCCAGUUCUGUCUCCGGCUGCACGUGCGCUCGCUGUACAAAUGGCCGGCCUGGAUGUCGACACUACCGUAAAUAGGUUUGGAGUUGCGAGCGGAGACGACGCUCUGCUGUCCGCCAUCACAGCCAGCCAUGACGACGAUCUCGAUCGACUGGAGCGAAUCGAGGACACCGGUGCUCCUUCGUCUAUCCAUCGGUGA